AUGUCGCAGCCGAGGCAAUUGGUGCAGCCACUGCUGCAACAAUUUCAAGAGUUAUUUGUGAUCUCCAAGCUGGUGGGAGUGCUGCCGCAGGAUCUAGAGCAGUUACGCCAAAAGCAUGCUUUGGAAAAGUCGCGCAAUGGCAUGUUCUAUAUGCUGGGAGUUUUAGUCUUUUACGUGUUGCUCUAUAAUUUGCUAAUCUUUUGGUUUGGCGCUGAGGAUACCUCGCUGAAGGCUUCUCAAAGCACUUUAACCUUUGUUAUUGGCCUGUUUUUGACCUAUAUUGGCCUAAUCAUGAUGGUCACGGAUCAGUUGACGGGCUUACUUAAUCAAGGGCAGCUGGGUGAACUUUAUGAACGCAUUCGACAAGUAGAUGAACGUCUCUAUUUAGAGCAGUGUCUAGUGGACAACAGCAGCAUUUCGAAGCGCAUACGUGUCAUGAUUGCUCUAACAUUUAUAUUCGAAAUCUCCAUACUAGUAUCUACGUAUAUUAAGCUAGUUGACUAUACUCAAGUGCUGUCAUUGCUCUGGAUCCUUACGGCUAUACCAACCUUUAUAAAUACAAUGGAUAAGAUUUGGUUUGCGGCAUCGUUGUAUGCGUUAAAGGAACGUUUCGAGGCUAUCAAUGCAACGCUGGAGGAUUUGGUGGCGGAGCAUGAAAGGUAUAGAGACUGGCUGUACAAGGCUGAAAAUAAAUUUUCCGAUGAGACCGAGCCACCUCAGUAUGACAGUAAUCUGGAGUAUCUUUACAAGGAGUUGAGUGGCAUGGACAGGGCUUCCGCAGGCAAGAACAAAGUGGCGCCAAUUGCCCAUUCGCUAAACUCCUUUGGUGAGUCCGUGCAGGAGCCACGCAAACUGCAGCGGGCUAAUACUAACCGCAUGAUUAAUCUUGCGCCUGAGAGCGAACUUAGCAAUGCUGCCAAGGUGGAGGUAAAGCUGAACAAUCUUUGUCAAGUGCACGACGAGGUCUGUGAGAUUGGCAAGGCAAUGAAUGGUUUAUGGAGUUACCCUAUACUUGCGCUCAUGGCUUACGGUUUUCUUAUCUUUACGGCUCAGCUUUAUUUUCUCUACUGCGCUACACAGGGGCAAAUAAUACCGUCGUUGUUUCGCACCGCCAAGAAUCCGGUUAUAACAGCUAUAUUCCUGAUGUAUACAUCCGGCAAAUGCAUCUAUCUCAUUUAUCUAAGUUGGAAGACUUCAUUGACCUCGAAGCGCACUGGAAUUAGCUUGCACAAGUGCGGAGUUGUGGCCGAUGAUAAUGCAGUCUACGAAAUUGUUAAUCAUCUAUCUCUGAAGUUGCUUAAUCAUGCCAUGGAUUUUUCAGCAUGCGGCUUUUUUACUUUGGAUAUGGAAACCUUGUAUGGCGUCAGUGGUGGCAUUACCAGCUAUCUUAUUAUACUUAUACAGUUCAAUUUAGCGGCUCAGCAGGCCAAGGAGGCCAUACAGUCGUUUAGUAGCUUCAAUGAAACCGCUGGACUAGUGGGAGCUGCUACUGAAAUCGAUAACGUUAGCUCCACGCUGUACAGUUUAGUUACCACAAUGAUGACACCAAUAAGUUUGACUUAA